GUUGAAACUUCCAAUGAACCAAUGAACAAAUAAACUCUGCUUUUUAUGCCGUGAACAACGAUCCUAUCAUGUCUGGGGAUCAGCACGCCAGAGCAGCUGUAGGAGGCAUGCUUGCAGCAUCUUGUGAAAAUACUAACGCACAAGUAUCCAGUGUUGGAGAUUUACAAGGACAAUGGGGAAGCGGAAAUCUAUGCUUCAUAUACGAGAUUGAUUCACAGAUGAAUGACAUACCGGCAGCCUGGACGGAGCUAAACAUUGAGAUAGACUUAUAUGAAGCCGAGCUGAAUAGUGUAGCUUUACCCGAAGUCAAUAAUGAGCUAAACACCACGGCAAUACCUGGAGUUUAUAGUGGACUGGAUACUAUGGUAAUACCUGAAGUCAGUAGUGAGCCAAAACACAAAGGACCUCGAAUGGGAUAAAACACACAAUUGAGUUAUCCACGCAUUGACAUUUGUUGUAUCAGUUAGCAAAAACAAAAGAUGAAGUGGAGUAUCGGAUUAGUAAAUUACGGUUGGUUUGUUGUGUUUCGAUA